AUGAAGAAAGGAAUUCGAAUCGUCAAUGUGGCCAGGGGUCGUUGUAUAGAUGAGGAAGCGCUGUGUGAUGCCAUCGACAGCGGCACUGUCGCAGCGGCUGGGCUGGAUGUUCACUACAACGAACCAAACGUAAACCCAAGAUUACUGAAUCACGACAGCGUGACACUUUUACCUCAUCUCGGAGGACUCACCCACGAUUCAAUGAAGAACCAUGCGUUGAUGGCCUUGAAGUCAGUAGAUGACUUCUUUGCCUGUUCGAAUUUGACGUAA